UGGGAUUCCCCGCCUGGUUAUCAGCUCCACAGUCUGGGUCCCAGAAGGGGGGAUGCUGCAAAUCACUAACAAAAUUCUGCAAGCUGAGAUGCUUGGGGCCAGUGAUUCUGCAAUCAUCUAUACAAUUAGGGACAAGCCACAAUAUGGAGAAGUGGUGUUUCUGGUUCCGAUGCCUGCAGAUGAUUCUGGGCUAGGAUGGCAGUCUUUGACCAGUGAAAGUGUAGCUACCCCAACCAGCACUUUCACCCAGCAGGACAUCAACGAAGGCGUCAUUUGGUAUAGGCACUCUGGAGCUGAGACAGAGAGCGACUCGUUCCGCUUCCAGGUCUCUGGUGCAGGUUCUCCACAGGCCCAUCUUGAGACCCACCUGUUCAACAUUGCCAUCUUACCUUCAAGCUUGGAGUCACCUGUGUCCUCCCCCAGGUCUUCUUUUCACAUGACUGCACUAGAAGAUCGUGUGACACCUAUUCAGCCACAUCACCUUUCCUUUAUCAACUCGCAAAUUCCAAGUGAGGAAAUCAUAUACAAUGUGACUGUACCCUUGCCUCCAGAUCAAGGGGUGGUGGAGCACAGGGACAAACCAUUCUCCCCUGUAGCCUCUUUUACCCAAACUGACAUCAACAAUGGCAAAAUUGUCUACCGUCCACCUAGUGCUGGAUCACAUAUUAGGGAGUUGAUGGAAUUCUCCUUUGCUGGUCUUCCAGAAUCAAUCAACUUUCGUUUUACAGUGUCGGAUGGAGAACAUGUAAGUCCUGAGAUGGUGUUUACCAUCCACUUGCUUUCCACUGAUGUAGAGCCUCCAUUAUUCCAGAUUACUGCUCCAGUGCUUGAGGUCAGCCAAGGAGGCAAAGCUGCCAUUGGAAUAAAGCUGACACUCAGUGAUGGGCACAUUGCUGCUGAAGAUCUCAUCUUUGAAGUGGUAGAGCCUCCCCACCAUGGAGCUCUUCUCAAGCACAGCUCUGGAUUCCUUGUCCACAUGACAACAGGUGAUACCUUCACAUAUGAGGAAAUCACCAGGAACGCCUUGCAUUAUCUCCAUGAUGGCUCAUCCUCAGAAGAAGACAGCAUGGAAAUUUCAGUAACUGAUGGCAGCACCAAAGACAUCUUUUUGCUCAGUGUGGAAGUAGCCCCAGUGGAUGGUGAUGGGCCAAGGUUGGAUCCCAGCUGCUCGCUGAGUAUCACUGUGGCUGGUAAAAACUCUGUGAUCAUCACUCGAUCUCACUUUGCUUAUAUUGAUAACAGUUCCCCAGAUUCCAAGAUAAGGAUUCAGCUAAUUUCCCUUCCCAUGUACGGCACUCUGAUGCGGAUCAUCUCUGAACAGCAGCCAGAUGAGUUUUCUGAGGUCAAUAAUUUCACAAUGGAAGAUAUCAACAAUCAAAGAAUCAGAUAUUUCACGGAGCUUGAAACUGUGGUCAAUCAGCCUAUCACAGAUGUUUUCUACUUCUCUGUGUUUGAUGCUGACAACAACCAGCUUGAUAGUCAGAUGUUCACCAUUACUAUCACAGCAGCCCAAAGUGUGCCUCCAGUUGUUACCUUUUCUGACCAAAUUACGGUGGAUGAAGGGGGACGAGUACCACUCCAGCCUCACCACACCCUUGGCUUUGAUGCUGGCCUUGCAGAAGAAGGCUUGGUUGUAAAACUCGCAAGUCUUCCAAAAUAUGGGUACAUUGAAAACACCAGGACAGGUAGGCGCCUUGGUUUUGGAAACUCUGCAAGCUCCGAUUUUUCCUUCUCCCUUCAAGAUGUGGUGGAGAACCGUAUUUAUUACUUUCAGAGCGUCCAUGAAAGCAUUGAACCAUCAAUGGACACCUUUAGCUUUUAUGUCAGUGAUGGCUUCAGCCAAUCAGAAACCAGCAGUGUCAACAUCACUAUUAAGCGCCUGAAUGAUGAGCCACCUCAGUUGCAACUGGCAGCCAUCAGUGUGCAGGAAAGCACAGGAGUCGUGAUCCGAAAUUCCUCCUUGAGGCUAAGGGACUUAGACACUCCUGAUGAUCUUCUGGUUUUCGUGGUAACCAAGGCACCCAUUCAUGGAUAUCUGUACAAGAGAGAAUCUCAUCUGCAGUCCCUGGAGAAUGGACAAGCUCUCUCUGAGGGAUCGACUUUCACCUACCAGGAUGUCCUGGAUGAACUGAUCAUUUAUAGAUUGAACAGUUUGCUAGCCCAAACCGAUGAGUUCCAGUUUUCACUCUCGGAUGGCCUCCACAUACAGACAGGGAAAGUGGAGUUUGCCGUAGCCUCGCCAAGGAUGGACCUCCCCACAUUAGUCGUGAACAGAGGCCUGCAACUCUCUGCUGGGUCUGUGGCAGUGAUUACGAACCAGCAUUUAAGAGCCACAGAUGCUGACUCAGAUGACUUGUCCAUCAAAUACAUCAUGAAAAAGGACCCAACCGUUGGAGUGUUGCGCCUGCAUAAAAGAGAUUCUUUGAUGCAGAUCUCCGUCCAGGGACCAGUAAAAAGCUUCACACAGGCUGAUAUAAACAAAGGACAGGUGGAAUACAGCCAUGAGAAAGGAGAACCUGUUGGGACAUUUGUUUUUGUUUUUGAUGUGGCAGAUGGAGAGGGAAACAAAAUGGUAGACUUGGAAUUUUCAGUUAACAUAACAGGGGAUCGAUUGCCUCUGUCCAUCACUGUCAACACUGGGCUAACCCUGGAUGAAAAUUCUGUGAAAAAAAUCACCACCUUUGAGUUGUCAGCCAAGGAGCAGGGUGGUGAAUCCAGCGAUCUCCUAUACAGGAUUAUUAAACAGCCCCAGCUGGGACACUUGGAGCAUGCUGCAUUACCAGGCAGAAGGAUUAGCUCCUUCCAACAAGCAGACCUUAUCUCCCACAGCAUCCACUACAUCCAUACAAACGAGGCUGAAGAACAUGCUGACAUGUUCACUUUCACCGUUUCGGAUGGCAUACAGGAGGUGACCCAGAAUUUUGAAAUCACUAUUAACCCGAUUGAUGAUUCGUUGCCUGUUGUGCAGACUGUUGGUAUGACUGUGCAAGAAGGUGUGAGGAAAACCAUCACAGAAUUUGAGCUCAAAGCCACCGAUGCAGACACAGAGGCCAAGUCUGUUACCUUUAGCAUUGUGCAGCCCCCACGUCAUGGCCAGAUUGAGCUCACCAAUGACGGGCAUCGUUACCAACAGACCCAUGCCUUCACCAUGGAGGAUAUAUUCCAGAACAGAAUCAGUUACAAUCAUGAUGGAAGCAAUUUUUUAGAAGACCGUUUCACUUUUACAGUGUCUGAUGGAACCAAUCCCUUUUUUGUGGUGGCAAAGGAUGGGAAAGAGAUUGUGACUGCUGUGCCUCAGCGGUUUAGAGUAGAAAUUCUCCCAGUGGAUGAUGGAACUCCAAGAAUUGUCACUAACUUGGGUCUUCAGUGGUUGGAAUAUAUGAAUGGCAAGCCAAAAAAUCUCAUCACUAAGAAGGAGCUGUUGACUAUGGACCCUGAUACAGAAGACAACCACCUGAUCUAUGAAAUAACAACAGGGCCAAAACAUGGUUAUGUGGAGAAGAAAUCACAGCCAGGAAGGAUGGUGACUACUUUUACACAAGAGGAUGUGAAUUUGGGAUUGAUUCAGUAUGUGCUGCAUGAGGAGAACAUUCAAAAGAUGGAAGAUAGUUUUCAGUUUCUGGUGAAGGACAGCAAGCCCAGCAUUGUCACUGACAAUAUCUUCCAUAUUCAGUGGUCUCUUAUCAGCUUUCAACAUAUGAGCUACAACAUCAGUGAAAAGGCUGGUUCCAUCAGUGUUGCUGUGAAGAGAAUAGGAAACCUGAAACAAUACGCUAUUGUCCUGUGCCGUACAGAACAGGGAACGGCCACCUCUGGUUCAGGUUCUCAGCCAGGGGAACAGGAUUACCUUGAAUAUGCUGGCCAGGUGCAAUUUGAUGAAUGGGAGGACAUCAAAACCUGCACCAUUGUUAUCAAUGAUGAUGAUAUCUUUGAGGGUGUAGAGAGCUUCACUGUCGAGCUGAACAUGCCAGCAUAUGCCUUGUUGGGGAACAUCACUGAAACCAAAGUCUUCAUCAGCGAUGUAGAAGAUGAGCCCACCCUGCAGUUUGACAAGAAAGUCUAUCACAUCAGUGAGAGUGCCGGCAUCCUCUCCAUCCCCAUUGAAAGGAAAGGAGACUCUAGAAGAAUUGUCUCUGCCAUAUGCUACACUGUCUCCCAAAGUGCCAAAGGCAGCAGUGUGUAUGCCCUGGAGUCUGGCUCAGACUUUAAGUCCAGGGGAAUGUCCAAUGACAACCGGGUUGUGUUGGGGCCUGGUGUCACAACGACAACUUGCGAUGUGAAGCUGGUCGAUGACAGCGAGUAUGAAGAGGAGGAAGAAUUUGAAAUUGCUCUCACUGAUGCAUCGGAGAAUGCACGCAUUGGAAGCAUAGCUUCAGCUAAAGUUAUGAUCAGUGGUCCCAACGAUGCUUCUACUGUGUCGCUCGGAAGUGCAGCUUUUAGCGUUAGCGAGGAUGCAGGGAUUAUCGAAAUCCCAGUUACCAGGCAUGGGUCUGAUCUCUCCAUUCCUACCUCUGUCUGGUGUGCCACUCGGACAUCAGAUCCACCAUCUGCUACUCCAGGAUUUGAUUAUAUUCCCAGCUCCAAGAAGGUUGAAUUUCGUUCAGGAAGAACGGAGGAGUAUUGUACCUUGACUAUUCUGGAUGAUGCACAGGCCCCAGUGAUUGAAGGAGUAGAGACCUUUGUGGUCUAUCUGAGUUCACCCCAAGGAGCAGAGCUGGCCAAACCUUUCCAGGCGGUGGUGGCCAUUAAUGACACCUUCCAGGAUGUACCAAACAUGAAGUUCAGUAAAGAUGUGUACUCUGUGAAAGAGAAGGACCGGAUCCUGCAUGUUCCUGUUAUCCGUACUGGAGACUUAAGCUAUGAAUCUUCAGUCAGAUGCCAUACACAGAGUCAGACAGCAAGAGUCAUGGAGGACUUUGAGGAAAGGAGAAACACUGAGGAAUCACGGGUCACAUUUUUGAAAGGGGAGAAGGUAAAGAACUGCACUAUCGUUAUUAAUGAUGACUCUGCCUUUGAACCAGAGGAGAAAUUCCAGAUAUAUCUGAGUGAACCCCAAGGAAACCACUGGAGCGGGGCUACAGUUGGGAAAAGUAAUAGGGCUACUGUAGUAAUCUCCAACGAUGAAGAUGCUCCCACCAUUGAGUUUGAAGAAGCUGCAUACCAAGUCCGUGAACCUCCUGGACCAGAAGGCAUUGGUUUCCUAAAUGUCAAGGUGAUCCGGACAGGAGAUCAAAACAGGACCUCAAAAGUUCGCUGCAGCACCCGUGAUGGUUCAGCUCAGUCUGGAAUUGAUUAUUAUCCAAAGAGUCGAGUCCUCAAGUUUAGCCCUGGUGUGGACCACAUUUUCUUUAAGGUGGAGAUCAUGUCCAAUGAAGACCGGGAGUGGCAUGAAUCCUUUUCUCUGGUCUUGGGUCCAGAUGAUCCCAUUGAAGCUGUUUUGGGGGACCUCACAACCACAAUAGUGACCAUUUUGGAUCAGGAAGCAGCUGGAAGCCUCAUUUUGCCAGCCCCUCCUGUUGUGGUUACGCUGUCGGAGUAUGACCACGUUGAAGAGGAAACCAAAACAGGUGCUAAGAAGUCACCAUCUCCAGGCUACCCUCUGGUCUGUGUUACCCCUUGCGAUUCUCACUUCCCCAAGUACUCCGUUAUGAAGGAGCGCUGCAGUGAGGCUGGGAUCAACCAGUCGUCCAUACAGUUCAGCUGGGAAGUGGCUACCCCCACUGAUGGAAAUGGAGCCAGAUCCCCUUUUGAAACCAUUACUGACAAUACCCCAUUCACCAGCGUCAAUCACAUGGUGCUGGACAGCAUUUAUUUCAGCCGGAGAUUCCAUAUUCGCUGUGUGACCAAAGCCGUGGAUAAAGUUGGCCAUGUGGGCACCCCCCUGCGGAGUAAUAUAGUCACCAUUGGGACGGACAGUGCCAUCUGCCAUACCCCUGUGGUGGCUGGUACAGCCCGGGGUUUCCAGGCUCAAUCUUUCAUUGCCACUUUGAAGUAUCUGGAUGUAAAGCAUAAGGAACACCCCAACAGAAUCCACAUCUCAGUGCAAAUUCCACACCAGGAUGGGAUGCUCCCCCUGAUUUCAACCAGGCCUCUGCACAACCUGCAUUUCCUUUUAUCAGAAUCCAUUUACAGGCACCAACAUGUCUGUUCCAAUAUAGUCAGCAUCCGAGACCUUAAAGGCAUCUCAGAAGCUGGAUUUCUAGAUGAAGUGACCUAUAAUAAUAUCGUUCUGGGCCCUGGAUAUGACCGGCCAUACCAAUUUGAUCCCAGUGUGAGAGAACCAAAGACCAUCCAGUUUUACAAACAUUUGAACCUGAAGAGUUGCAUUUGGACAUUUGACGCAUACUAUGACAUGACAGAGUUAAUUGAUGUCUGUGGGGGAUCAGUCACUGCAGACUUCCAGGUUCGAGAUUCAGCUCAGUCGUUCUUAACAGUCCAUGUCCCGCUCUAUGUCUCCUACGUUUACGUAACUGCACCCAGAGGAUGGGCCUCCCUUGAACAUCACACGGAAAUGGAGUUUUCCUUCUUCUAUGACACCGUUCUCUGGAGAACAGGUAUACAGACAGAUAGCGUCCUUUCAGCCAAACUGCAAAUAAUCAGGAUCUACAUCCGAGAUGAUGGUCGGCUGGUCAUUGAGUUUAAAACUCAUGCCAAGUUCAGAGGGCACUUUGUGAUGGAACACCACACUCUGCCAAAUGCCAAGUCUUUUAUCAUGACUCCUGACCACCUGGGAGGGAUUGAAUUUGACCUACAGCUCUUGUGGAGUGGACAAACUUUUGACUCUCCUUAUCAACUCUGGAGAGCAACCAGCUCCUACAGCAGGAAAGAUUAUUCAGGAGAAUACACCAUCUCCUUAAUACCAUGUACAGUCCAACCCACACAGUCUUGGGUUGAUCCAGGAGAUAAACCAUUACCUUGCACCGCUCACGCUCCAGAAAAAUUUUUGAUCCCAAUUGCCUUUCAGCAGACUAACCGGCCAGUUCCUGUCGUGUACUCCCUGAACACGGAGUUUCAGCUCUGCAAUAAUGAGAAAGUAUUUCUCAUGGACCCAACUAAAUCUGAAAUGUCAAUGGCCGAGAUGGACUACAAGGGAGCUUUUUCCAAGGGUCAAAUCCUGUAUGGCCGGGUGAUGUGGAACCCAGAGCAAAACCUCAAUUCUGCCUACAAAUUGCAGCUGGAAAAAGUGUAUCUGUGCACAGGGAAGGAUGGCUAUGUCCCGUUCUUUGAUCCAACUGGCACAAUAUAUAAUGAAGGACCCCAGUAUGGCUGCAUCCAGCCUAGCAAGCACCUGAAGCACAGAUUUCUGCUGCUGGAUCGGAAUCAACCAGAAGUGACCGACAGAUAUUUCCAUGAUGUCCCUUUUGAUGCGUAUUUUGCAUCUGAGUUGCCAGAUUUCCACCUGGUCAGCAGCAUGCCUGGAGUGGAUGGUUUCAUCAUGAAGGUGGACGCCCUGUAUAAGGUGGAAGCUGGACACCAGUGGUAUCUUCAAGUGAUCUAUGUCAUUGGUCCUGAGACAAUUGGGGGCCCCCGGAUGCCACGCUCUGUUAUACAUCAGCUGAAGCGUGGCCGCCGGGAUCUUGUAGACCACAAGGGUGUCCCUGUUCUGGAUGACUCCUUAAUCUAUGACAAUGAAGGAGAUCAAAUUAAAAAUGGGACUAACAUGAAGUCUCUCAACCUGGAACAACAAGAGGCCAUAACUGUUGCCUCCCUUUCACAAACGGGAGCUUCCAUUGGCAGCGCCUUUGCAGCAAUCCUGCUUCUCUUCCUUAUACUCUUGUCCAUCUGCUUUGUAACUAGGAAGUGUCGGAAGCAUAGGAAGAAGAAGAAGGCAGCCAAAGAGAUGGCAGAGCAAUACCCUCUCAACACUAAAGUUGAGGCAGCCAAGGGGUAUGCCGAGAGGAUGGAGAAGAACGUCAGUGGACAUUACUGCACAGUGAAGAACCUCAACCUUCUCUGUGAAAAUGAAGGUGCCUAUAAGGUCAGAGGAACAAAGGUCAAGCAAAUGAACUUGGAGGUGAAAGUUCAUAACAAUUUACAUGAUGGGACAGAAGUUUAAUGGCCUGCACAUUUGGGGGAAAGGGAGAAAUGUCUUUAUAUAAAUUGUAAAAAGGAGGGGGGGAGAAUCCUUCUAUAAUUUUUUCUAAAAAAAAACCCCAUUCUGGUAUUUUUAUAGUAGUCUUGUGGGAAAAGGGAAGAACAUGAUCUUUGCAUUUUGUUUGCUGAAGCAAUGAUCAAGCAAGGUAUCUUUGCAUGCUUCCACUCUACAAUGGAGCUACCUCACUGAAAGCAAAACCACCUGAGGAGAGGAAGGACUGAAACGCACCUCGUAGGCCACCUUGGAGUGCCAAUCUCGCUAUGGUUCCCAGACCUCUUCUGUUGUUGGCUUGUUGAAUUCUCAUUGCAGAACUGGUUGAAUAAAAACAAAGAUGCCUUGUGUGUGUCUACUUUGGAGGUAGAAGAAGCACAGUACAGAAAUUGUGUGUGGGAUAGCAAGUUGCCCUUGGAUUUCCCCCAUUCAGUUGACUGAUGAAGGAUUUGCAGUUCCAGUGAUGCAUUUGUUAGACCAUUUGUACUAACUUCUGUUGGAGCAUUUUCACACUGGUUCCUCCACACCGGUUCCUUCCAACAAGUGAAGCCUGUUGCUGUACAGAUGGAAGGAUGAAAUUAUUGAAACCCAAAUGCCUUGAGGACAAGCAGGGUCUCUAUCAGAUUCAUGUAAUUUGGGUGAACCAACAGAUCUAUAUAAGAUAAUACCAAUGUUGAGUUCUUGGUAUUCUCCGAGCUUGGUUGUUUUCCUACAGAUGUUUCACUACCAGGUUAGGUAACAUCAUUAGUGCAGUGGCAGCUGAAAAAAGUGUGAUACCUAUCCCUGAAUUCUUAGUGAUGCUUGUGUAUUACUAAUCAUAGAUGGUCUGGUUCCCACAAACCUCAUCUUUGCAUGGACACCAAAUUGGCAGUGGAGCAGCUGGGUGCCCCAUACUUUUCCAAGUUGAUCAGUUGAGAUCUCCUCUGCUCCCUAAAGCUUAGGAAGUACUGGUAUAGGGUCAUAUGGAGGGUAUACACUUGAAAGAGCCCUUGUGUUCUUGGAUAUUUCUGGCAAACCAGACAAAAAGGUCUUUGGUGUAAUUGGGCAAACUGAAAAGCUGAACAUGGCUCUGUGUCCCAUGCCACUGGCAUUUCUUCAGCAGGAUAUCUUGAAGAAGCUCUUACAAUGUACACUUUAGCUUCCUAUCUCACUCUUCCCCAGGCGAUAAACUCAUUCUGUUUGUUGAGCAAGAAUGGUUGAUAAUGAGAAAUUGGUUGGUUGUAGGAAACUUUCUGUAGAUCAGUUUUCAAGUGCUCACCUUUAAUCUAUAAAGAGGUAAGCUGACUAUGAUAAAGUGUAUUGGGUGAGUUGUGUCAACUGGCUGAAAGAAAUAAGAAAGCAUUAGUUUUUUCUCAUUGUCCAUUGUUGUUUCACCUUAUUUUGAAACAUCUGCUAUAAUGAAUCCUUUUUUGGGGGGGAGGUGUCCUAAAUGCAGGUUUUUAAAAAGAUUCCUUUAUAAUAUUGGAUAUUUCUGGUUUGCCAGAAAUAUCCAAUAUUUCAUUUUUUUGGAAAUGAAAACCAACUGUGCCAAAAAUCAUUGCUAAACUUAAUUUACAAUACUAUUUAGGACUCCUUCUGUCUAUCAGCGUAAUUUAAUCCAGAAACCUUGUGUGGUGCAGAGCAGCAAGUAACUCAUGUUCUGCACAGAAAUCUAAUUCAUUACCCUCUUAGCUUAGGCACUUGAUUUGAGCCAAUUUGCCCAAUCAUUUUAUAUAUUGCAUCGCCCUUGGAUUUUGGUAUAUGACACUGGUGAUGCAAAUGUCUCAAUAAUUCACAAGCUCCUAACUCCCAAAGCAACAUUAUCCAAAUUAUUUACCAAAGCUUGCUCAGGAUAAAGUGAAUCUUCAUUUUGAAGGCAAGUGGAGACACUCACAAAGCUGGUUCGGCAUGCCAAAAACAACAUUAUUAGGUACAAUAAACCAGUUUUCCCUAUAAUGUAAUGUCUUCUAGAUGUGCUAGAUUUUAUCUUCCAUUUCAUCCACCAGAAUGACUGCAGUGAAUAUGGAUGGAAUAGGUACCAAAUUGGGGAAGACAGCAGGAACUUUGCAUCUGAUGGAAAACAACUGACUCAGUAUGUACAUCAAAACAAGAUUAAGGUUCAUUUGACUUGCUUCCUCACACAUGACACUAAUGGUGCCUUUGAGCUUCUCCCAUGCUGCUUGUGUGCAUAUUAUCAAUGCAGGAUGCCAUGUGGAAGAGAAUUAUGUUAAAAGUCUUCCUGGUCCUACGUUGAUAUUACAAGCCAUUGUGUCACCAGAACAAAACAUCCUAAAAGCCCAGGACUUCAGUUGAUGAUUAUCUGCUUUCUCAUUUCCUUUUAUUUGGUGUCUUCAAGAUAAGGUUUUUCUGCCAAACACAGAGCAAAACUUCUCUCUGAUCUCUGUGUUGCUAAGCCUACUAUGGCCACAAAAGCAGUGGAUGCUGGUAACUGAGUAGAAGCAGGAAUCUUUUCCCUACAGCCACUGAAUGCUAAAUCAGACAACUGGAGUUUCUGUCCCAUAGAAUAUUCCUCCAGUUCAGAGGUUCAUGUUUGCUCAUACCAAACUUAAAUUGAAUAAGCAUCCUUCUUAUUUUCACAGGCUUUUUGUAAGGCAGCACAUACAGAGGAAUAAAGGUGUGGAUUGGCUCCCUCCAUGGAAAUGGAUUAGAAACAAACUGAACUUGUGUGGAUCUCCGCAGAAAUCCCCAAGCUUUCUGUGGCAGGAAGGAAAAACCUGGGAUAAUGAGUCACAAACCAGGGUUUCCUCCUUCCUUGAGGGGCAUGAGAAUAACCCCUCUGGAUAGCACAGCUUGGUGUGGGUGUCAAAGCCCUUGUGCCCACAUUAAAUGGCUAGAUUUGGCUGUAAUAAAACCAGCCUGGUGGGGUCAGCUUUUGAGACUUUGCUUCUCCACCAAGCUCAUUGGAUGACCUUGAACAAGUCAUAUUCUCUCUGCAGGAGAUUUCUAAGGUUAAGGAGGUGGCAUUGCAGUCUCCAUGGUAACAUUGUAGGAUGAAAAUGCAACGUACACAAGUCUUGUUAUCAUUCCAGGCAACUACUUGUGCCCCACUAUUACCCCGAAUGGCCAACAUGCUUCAUCAACGAGAUUGGCCGGGCCAUUUGGAAAUUGUGGGGAACCCACCUGAAAGGUACAAGUUGUGUCACGUGUGUUGGGGUUUGUAGAAAUAAUUAUUACAGUGUUAUAAAAGCAAGAGCCAGGAGCACCUAUGCUGUCUCCUAUGCUGCCUUUUUCUAUUAUAAAUGUCACUGCUGACAUGCAGGCAAGCAAGUCUAGCUUCUCUGUGUAGACCUAAUAGUCCUCUUGUUUUUCAUGGCACACUGUCCUUCCAGGUAAGGUCUUUUGAUGCUCCAAAGUGAUUUCAUUGGGUGCUGUCAACCAUGUUUCUUGAACCUCAGUAUGUUCUGUAUUUCAGAGCAUCAGUCUAUUUGUAAUUUCCAUGAUGCCUUUCUGUUGUUGUCUUUGCUAAUAAACCACUUUUGGUUACUUU